UUCAAAAUGGUGGACGUCUUUUGCGCUGUUUUCCUGUUUUUGUGGCUUGUUUAUCUCUGGGAAACAUAUCUCUCCCAUCGCCAGCACAAGUUGUUCAAGAGCACCCAAGAUGUCCCUGUAGAGCUUAAAGAUGUCCUUGAUAAGGAGACAUUUGAAAAAGCUAGACUGUAUCAGCUGGAUCGCAGUUCUUUUAGCUUUUAUCAUGGCAUUUAUACACAGAUAGAGAUGAGCUUAAUUCUUCUUUAUGGUGGUAUCCCAUUUAUGUGGUCCAUUUCAGGAAAUAUUUUGUCAAAAUUUGGUUACCCAGUUGAAUAUGAGAUUCUCCACUCUAUGAUAUUCUUAGUAUGUGCUGUUUUAUUCAGCACUGUGACUGAUCUACCAUGGAGUCUAUACUCAACUUUUGUGGUUGAGGAAAGACAUGGCUUUAAUAAACAGACUCUAGGAUUCUACAUCAAAGAUACAAUCAAGAAACUGAUAGUCAUGGUUGCAAUUUUAUUACCUAUAACAGCAGGACUUAUAUUUAUAAUUAAAUGGGGAGGACAAUACUUCUUUGUUUAUGCCUGGCUAUUCACAGUUGUGGUGACAUUGCUUGUAGUGACUAUCUAUUUGGACUACAUUGCUCCUUUCUUUGACAAGUUUACUUCAUUACCAGAUGGUUCUUUAAGAACAUCAAUUGAGAAGCUUGCUGCCAGUAUAGACUUCCCUUUAACUAAGCUACUAGUAGUGGAAGGAUCAAAAAGGUCAUCCCACAGCAAUGCUUACUUCUAUGGGUUCUAUAAAAGCAAGAAAAUAGUUCUCUUUGAUACAUUGUUGGCUGACAGUCCCAUCAAGAAAGACCAAACUAAGGAGGAGAACAACAAAACUGAUGACAAAGAAGGAGAGAAGAUUGAUGAACCUGAAAAAGUGAGAAAUGAUGAUGAUAAUGAAAAACAAACUGAGGAUAAGAACAAGAAAACUGAUGACAAAGAAGGAGAUAAGACUGAUGAACCUACAACAAUUCCAGAAACAACUGAAGACUCAGAAGACACUAAACCUAAGCAAAAGGGCUGUUCAAAUGAGGAGGUUCUAGCAGUUUUAGGUCAUGAAUUAGGACACUGGAAGCUGAGCCACAACCUGAAGAACCUUUGCAUAUCACAGGUCAAUACCCUGUUCUGUUUUCUCAUGUUUGGAAUACUGAUGCACCAAAAAGUUCUGUUUGAGAGUUUUGGUUUCUUCCAUUCCAAACCAGUCCUUAUUGGUUUAAUUAUCAUCUUCCAGUUCAUAUUUUCGCCAUACAAUGAGCUUCUUGGUUUUUUGAUGACAAUACUUAGUAGGCGCUUUGAGUUCCAAGCCGAUGCCUUUGCUAAACAACUUGGAUUUGCUGCACAUCUGAAGUCAUCACUGAUCAAACUUAACGCAGACAACCUUGGCUUUCCUAUUGCAGAUAAGCUUUAUUCUGCUUAUCACUACUCCCAUCCACCUCUUAUAGAACGACUUAGGGCUCUAGGCUUGAAGGAAGACUGAAUGGGAAGAGAAUGGAAAUGAAUGGUGGAAUGAACUGAAAGGAAGGAGAGACAUCAUUCACUACAGCUGAUUCUUGAAACUUGUCAUUUGGGGCUUAAGUAAGACUAUAGGAAAGCUUGUUCCUUUGUCUGAAUAAUAUUUAUUGAUGCUCAAAAUGAUAUCCAUCCCUUUGUGUUCUCGUUUGUUUCCUAUUUGUUUUCAGUCAGAGCAAAUCAGACUGUUGUGUUUCCUAAGUGAAACCAUCACUUACUGACAAAUGCCAAUAUAUAUUAAUCUUCAAUGUUUCAAAGUUACAUUUAGAUUUAGUUAUUAAAAGAGAAUUUGGAUUUUAUAUCAGAGUUAUCAAAUCUGAAAUAUUUCCAAGUGAUUUUCCAUCAUCUGUGAAAAAACAUUUUGGUUUGUGCUGGUAAUUAACUUGAACAAAAGAUAACACAUAUUUCCAAGUGAUUUUCCAUCAUCUGUGAAAAAACAUUUUGGUUUGUGCUGGUAAUUAACUUGAACAAAAGAUAACACAUUAGUUUUGGCAUUCUUUUGCUAUACAGAAGAUGGAAAACCACUAUUGUAGACAACACAUAAAGCCCAAAGUUGUACGUUAAUGUUAUUUUGUCUUCAAUAAAAAUGUAUACCAAA